AUGCAGCUGCUUGUACUUCUGUUUCUGGUCUCAGUGACUGUCUCUUAUACAAAAGUUCCGAUUUCUUCAUGUGGCCUGAGUUCCAAAUUCAGAGCCACUUCCUGGACAGUACCAAGAAUCAAAGAAGGAACCUCAUCAAGGACAUCUGAAAUCCUACCCUGGCAGGUCAGCAUUCGAACCAAAGACAAGAUUAUCUGCAGAGGAGCAAUUCUGAGCAGUUGGUGGAUCCUGUCUGCAGCUCACUGCUUCACGGAGGACCUGGACGGUAGGCACGUUGGUGCGCUUAUGCACGCCCCCUUGCAUGGGAAGCCUUCAGAGAAAAAGAAGUUGGACGUGGUGAUCAUCCAUGAAGACUUCAACAGUACCAGCUUGAGAAACAACAUUGCUUUGAUCUUAUUGGAUUCUCCCAUCAGCUUCAGUGAAAAAACGACACCAAUUUGCUUCCCUUUGUUGCAGGACCUCAGCGUAUGCCAAGACUGCUGGGUUGCCACAUGGAAGACUCUAAUGGCUGAUGAUGUUGAGAAAUUAACCCACAUAUUAAUGAAGGUGGCUCUAAUUGACCGAGAUGUAUGUUCCAAGGAAAUCCAAGGGUUAAUCGGGAAUGUCUUCUGUGCUGUUUCUAAGGAAAACAUGGAGGAGAACUAUUCUGGAAGCAACAUGAAAUGGUUUGUGGUUGGCAUAGCAAGCUGGGGAGGUAACUGUGACCCAGAGGCAAGCCUCACGGUCUACACUGCAGUCUUCAGCUACCUUGACUGGAUACAAAAGGCCACUGGGCAAGAAGGAAAGCCCUUUAUUCCUGAAGGAGCAGAUGACAUUGGACCCGACACUCAAGUCUUUAUCCCAGAUUCUUUUUCCGGUUCUUCCCUCCUUUCAAUGACCUGCGCGAUUGCACCAGUUUUGUUUACACCGGACUCCUUUUUAUUAUAAAGUAUAGAUAUUGUAUAUUGUUCUGCCCCCAA